AUGAGUAAUGGCUAGACAAAAUAUAAAGCAUGCAAAUUUUGUUAGAAGGAUUUUCUUUAAAAUGAAAUCUUCAACCAUCAACGAUCUUGUACAUCCAAGCUUAAAGAUAGUUCUAAGAAAAUGACUAAAGAAACAGAAAUUAAUAUUCAAGAGAAAAUUUAUGAGCCAUAAGUUAUUCCAUUUUAAGAGUCAUAAUAAGUAAGAGAUGCUAUAAAAUAUCUAGAAUUAAAAUGAUAAACAUAAUCAAAUAGCCAAUAAUCAAAAAUUUAAUUACUCUAUCCCUGAAAGAUUUAAAGGUAAAGUAACAAUUUUAGAUGUUAAACCAUUACCUAAAGAUGAAUAUUAAAAAGAUAUUUCGGACCAACCUUUAUAAUAUUCUAAUCAAUAACUUUAAUAGGAGAAAUUUUAAUAAGAUGUAAAUUUAUAAAUCAAAUAUGAACAACCUAAGAAUUAUACUAAUUAAUAAUAAUAUUUUGAUCAAUAUCCUUAAUAAUAAUAAUAAUAAUAAUAGUAAUAAUAGUAAUAAUAAUAAUAAUAAUAAUAAACUAAUAAUUGGCUUUAUUAAGAAUAUCCAAAAUAAUACGCAAAUUUAUAGGCCUAUUAGGAAUAAUUUAUAUAAUAAAAAAAUUAUUAGAUCUGUUAGGAAUAACCUAAAUAAAAUUCAAAUUAAUAAUCUAUUUAGGAAAAACCCUAGAACUUAAAAAUAAAUAAUCAAUAUAAUCAAUUAAAUAAUUAAACCAAAUGUGAUCAUUGCAAUCUAUAUUUUAAUAUGUAGGACAUGUCUUAACAUCAAAUGAAUUGUUCUUCAUAUUUAAAAUAUUUGGAUAUAAUUUAAGAAUAUUACCAAUAAGGCAUAUAAUGUAAAGAUGAAAAUAAAAGUAAUAGAGAAUCUGUUUAAAUGAAAAGUUAAUAAAUAAUUUCAGAAUAUCUCAAAAUUUAUUAGACUUACAAAAAUAUUAUAACAUAAGGCAGAAAAUUAUUGGAUUAAGGUUACUUUAAACGUUUGAAAUUUAGAAAGACUUUUGAUCAAAAAUAUUGUUACUUUUGUAAAGAUCAUUUUAGAGAAGAAUAAAUUAUAUAUAAUUUGGAAUGUUGCCUAAUAAAAUGUCAUACAAAUUGUUUACAUAAAUAAAUUAUAAAAAGUACCAAAUGCUACAAUUGUUAGAAAUCAUUAUUUUCAUCUAAAUUUAAACUCAAUUAAUGA